AAGUUUCCCCCUCCGUUUAUAAUGGUUGAAUCUGACAACAGUGCGUAACCGGCUGUACACAACUGACUGAUUGAAUGAGCGAGGCAGGUGAAUUUGCACACGUUGUACAUCUAUAACAUUAACAGUGUGCAGUUAAGUUCGUAUCAAUGGGGUGGUUGUUCGGAACAAUGUAAUCUCACGGAUUCUUUGCUAAUUAUUAACUUUCUCGAAGUCCUGAUGUAAUACGCCAUUGUCAUAAAUCAUUGCCUAAUGUGUGCCACAUGAACGCACGCACCAUUGCUGAAAGUUAUCCGUGGCAAUCCCCAAUCUCCAAUGCCUAUCAGCGAGGAAAACGCGGCCAGAUCGCUGCGCCUCCUGACCGAAUUUCGGGAUGCUGCUGGCAGCAGCGCUCAACAGCAGGAAGAUGUCCAGCGCAGUAUCGACAUCCUUAGCGCAUACCUCAACAGCAUUCUCCCAGCAGCUACGUCCGUCGCUGCUGGUCGGGAAGGGCUGGGAAGGUUUGCAGGGGAUGGCGAUCGCAACAGGGAGGAGAUCAAGGUCUUUGCUUUUCAGUCGCCCCCAGCCCCAAAGAGCACCUUAGACUUUGGCCUGGUUCUGCAGCACGGCGCUGCGGCACCGGCCACACUUCAGCGCCAGCAGAGACUUGAACCUACCGCAGCUGUUCUCCUGAAUGGCAAGGCUUUGGGGAACAUACGCAUUGCUGCCAUUGCCCCAGGGUCAUUCGUGCAACAGGAUGGACAGUUGAAAGUUGGGGAUGAGAUCAUUGAGAUAAACGGACACCUGAUGGAGCGAUGCUCCACAGAACGAGCAAGAUUCCUCCUAGAUAGUGCCCUGAGGUCAGGUAAGCUGUGUGUGGCCAUAUUACGGAAGACCAAGAGGAAAGCACCAAGGCCCCCUCCAGCUUCCUGCCCGGACCAGACCAGCCCUGUGCUGGCUCACAGAGAGGCAUUGCUCCCGUCAUCCAGCAGACAACAUCUGAGUGCUGUCCCUCAGAAGGAGGUCGAGGGGGCAAACGAGUACGCUGCACUACAUGCAGGCUGUUCCGAAACAGUGAGACAAAUCGGCGGCGGCAGCGAUCAGCCUCUCGAGACGCAACACCUGACUGCCAUUUCCCUUGAGGCCGAUGCCAAGAACGGCAGUGGCCAGUCUCUCAGUGCUCACCAUCUCAGCUCGCUGGCACCUGAAGACGACAUGAAUUUCAGCCGAGGUCAUCCCCGACCCGCAGCCGGAAAUCGGCUUUCGGCAUCUGUUAAUGGUGGGGGGAAAUUCAAGGGGCGCACAGACAGCAGCGAGAGGGGUGCAAGUACAAAGAGGCCGGCGCCAAGACAGCCUACCGGGCAGGAACCCUACACAGUUAGGAUGGACGAUCAGACGCCCCCGCCAAAGACUGUCAAGGUUUCGGAGACGGCACCCCCAGUAUCCGUGGCCAGGAGUGACUCAGUGCUAUCCAAAAUGUUACCAGAAGUCAAGCGGAAUAAACGAGAAGUUGUGAAAAUCCACCUGGUCAAGAGCAAAGGCAUCCUGGGCAUCCAGAUUGCUGGUGGGAAGGGGUCCAGGAAAGGGGACAUUGGCAUCUUUGUGGCCGGCAUCGACGCAGGUAGCCCUGCCGACAGGGAUGGACGUCUGCAGAAAGGUGAUGAGAUACUGAUGGUCAAUGGUCACAGCCUGCUGGCCGUGACUCAUCAGGACGUCGUGGACGUCCUGAGCAAGUCCGGAAGCAUCGUCCAAUUGGUCAUCGCGAGAAAGAGGAAACAUCGCUAUCGCCAACGGCAAGAGCAUCUCGGCCUCAGCCAGACAACGUCCAGCACCUCAGACUCGGAGAGUAUCUCCAGUCAGCAGUCUACGCCACGCAGUUCGCCACGUGGCUCGGCACGACUGACACAAGGCCGAGAACAGCCUGAUCCUUCGCCUGGUCCUCCUGCUCUAGCAAGGGAUGAGGUCGAUUAUGGAACUCUCAGGAAGACCAGCCUGGAGACGCAGCAUGAGAACCUGGUGAAGAGGCUGACAGUCCCCGAUGUAUCAUCGCCCCCGCCAAAGCCUGCAAGGAUUGACAGUCCCAAGCUGCCCAAACACCUGACUGGCCAGGUGUCCGCUAGCCCCACUGUGGUGCAGCAGAUCGCUCUCAUCAAGGGGGCGUAUGGGAAGGGGUUGGGCUUCAGCAUUGUGGGUGGUGAGGACUCAGCCAAAGGCAAGAUGGGGAUCUUUGUCAAGACUGUCUUCCCAACAGGUGCUGCUGCGGCAGAUAACAGACUCAAGGAAGGAGAUGAAAUCUUGGCCGUGAAUGCAGACUCCCUGGAAGGAAUGACCCAUAAGCAAGCAAUCAACAAGUUCAAGCAAAUCAAGAAAGGCAUCGUAACACUGACAGUAAGAAGCCGACUCGUUGGGAAGACUGCCACACCCACAGGUAGCCCAGUGGCCCCGCCCAGAAGGAAAAGGUCUCGAGCUGAGGGUAGCUUCAAAGAUGCGGACAGGCAAUACUCCCCAGCCUCCUCCAGCUCCUCCCCAGACCGUGCUUCUAUCAUCAAGGAGGUCCCCAGUGUCAAGGUGACCAAAGAGAUUGUACUGCACAAAGAGCAAGGAGUGAGUCUUGGCAUCGGCGUUGUAUGUCUGCCGGAGCCUGAUGCCAACAAUGAAAGGAGGGUCUAUGUCCAGCACCUUGAGGAGACCUCACCGGCCAAGAAAGACGGCCGACUGUGCCGUGGAUCUCAGUUGCUGGAGGUAAACGGUGAGGACCUACGCAAUGUCAAACUACAGGGGGCGUACAAAGUGUUUGGUAACAUCCAACCUGGCCCGGUUCAGUUGAAGGUCGCAAGACACCUGAAUGAACAGGAUUGUGAAGCUGAGAUGGAGAAAGCCAUGGAGAUGGUUGCGUUGUCAGGGCAAGCAGAUGAUAACAAUGUUGACAGCACAUCAGAAAGUAGCAGCCCACGACAAGACACUCCAAUGGAGGUCGAAUCCCCAAAUGCAGAAAUGGAGCCCCCACAGCCUCCAGCCAGACCCAAGAAUGAGGAAUAUGCAAUAGACAAAUCAGCACCGAUCACUGCCGGCCAUGUGGAGCCAGUCAUCCAGAGCUUCAUAGCAUCCUCCUCUCAUCAAGCCCCAUCCCUCGGUGACAACCUCCAGUCUCCGACAGUCAGCGAACUUGCUAUGGCAACUGCACAAACCAUGAACUUGAUGGGGCCGAAGUACGAGUCCAGGCGGGACCUGAAAAACGAGAAGUCAUCGUCGUUGUCAUCAUCUAUAUCAUCGUCUUCUGUCUCCCUGAUGGAAGGCCAGUCCUACAAGUCAGGCUCCGAGAGCGAGUUGAACAGCAGCAUGGAGAGAGAGGUGGACUCCACCUCUGAUGUGGCCCCAAUCCGACCUCAAGGCAGGACAGGACGGCGACCUGACAAUGCCUGGCGGAAAGGUCGUGUCGGAUCAGAUCUCGCCAAUGAGUAUGAAGCCUACCUGCACUCCUGCCAGAACAGCAACAACUUUGGCCGAGACAAACAUGACAUCCAUGAGGAGGAGAAAGAGAAUAGGGAGCAGGCCAAGGAUGCCUUCCGGGAACUUGCCCCAGGAAAGCAGAUUGACAUUCUGCAGAUAUGCCGUAGCCCUGGAGAAAAACUCGGCAUGGGUCUGAAUAUCCAGCACACUAAGGGGCAGAACAGUGUCAUCCAGGGGGUGUCUGUGAAGAACAUCACACCAGGGGGAGCCUCAGAGCGGGCAACUGGCGGCAAGCGGGGUGUAUGCGUCAGAGACACUAUUCUUGCCUUAGGGGAAAGCAUUCUGCAGUUCAUGACUUAUGCCGAAACGGUGAAACUUCUCUCAGAGCUGCCAGUGAACGUCCAAGUUGUUGUCGCAAGAGAGACUCCAGACCCUCCUUUGGAAAAUCACAGUCCAACCCUUACAGACACCAUGGGAAACCUGAAUGAUAACUCGCAACCAAAGGGAGUCGCUCAGAGUGAGAACAAAUAUUGGGAACUCAUUGAGCAAAGCGAACCUAGUGCCAUACUUGUGAAUGCAUCUAGGCUUAUGAACACCACAGAUGCUGAGAAGCGGAAUGGCAUAACGCUGGAAUACAGAACGCAGGAAUUGUGGAACACCAUAGAGUCCUGCACAAGCAACUCCAUCACGAAGGAACCCACAGAGAACGCAAAUGAUGCCAUAGUGGACAGUGUGGCAGAGCAGCUAGAUAACCACAGGGGUGGGAUUCCAGACGGAUUGGCCAAGGAUGAGGCAGAAGUUGCAAUGGCAGAUUGGGUUCCAGGAUCUCCCAAAGCUGUAUCAAAGAAAAUAUGCUUAGCCAAUGAGAACCACUCUAUGUAUCCUGAUGAGGAUUCCUCUGACACAGAUGAAGAAGAUGAAGAGGAUGAGGACAUAGGUGAUCUGUUGAUGCUUGACACAGAAAUGACAGAUGAUGAAGAAGAUGAAACAUUGGUCACAAGGCAUAGGUACUCCAUGCCGCUGCCUAAACUACCCACAGACUCUCAGCAGGAGGCAGACCAGAAAAUUCCCUGUGAUCAAAUUAAAGUCAUGAUGAAACAGACUGAAGAAUUUCCAUUAAGCCAUCAACCAGUUGACAGUGAUAAUCUCAUUGGUCACACUGGGAGAUUUGAGGAGCAGGAAGCUAUGGAUACCAGUGACCCUCCCGUCACAGACAUUGAUGAUCUGAUCUUGUCUGAAGAAGAAAAUGUAAUGGAGAUGGAUAAGAAUGAGGAGGCCAUGGCAGGUGUUGGAAAGUUGAGCAUUCUGCCAGAAACACCCAACUUACCAACGUUUGGUGGUGAAGAUGAAGUUGACGUUGGACAUCAUGGUCUGGGAAACCAACUACCUUCAGAUAUUUUGGAGGAAGAGAUUCUGACCAGGAAUGACACACCUGUCUUCUCCCCUCGUCCUCUAAUGCAGGAUUCUGUUAUUGGCCACAAUGUCCAUGACAGUGAUGAUGAAGAUGACAGCAGGCCAGAGGUGGAUACUGAGAAAAGCAAUGAUGAGGAUGCUAUCCCUCCUCCAUUGCCAUCCACCAGUCCUCCAAAGGAAUUCACCUCAGAAUCAUCUCAAGAUCUCACUCCCAUCUCACCUCACAAAGAGGAAGAAGACAGCACAGAUGGGCACCAGGGCAAGAACAGCCAAGUUCAGUCCAAUCUGAUGAGAUCCAUGUUCCUGCCCAAAAAGGCAUCCACAGAGCCCCUGGCCAACAAAGGUAGUCAGGGCUUGCCUCUUCUUGCCAAACCGAAGACCUUGUUAACACUUCCUGCUACAAGGAACAGAGAGUCUGCAUCCCAACUCCACCCACUCACUCUGUCCUUGAAGACACCAAUCCCUCUUGUGGCAACCUCACUCAAGCCUGAAAAGAACCCCACCCACGCCUUGUCCAGUCCACAAGAUGACAAGCUGACAAUUGAUGGAUCAGGAUUGGCCGAGGCUGAAUCCAAACCAGCUAACGACUCCCAGGAUAGCUGCAGGGAGUUGAGCUCUGCAGUCGAAGAUAUUUUUGCUUCUGUCACAGAUACUCCAGAAGACUUCCCAUUGGACAACAGCAUGGAGAUUAUCAUGGAACAUCCUGAGGAUGCAUCGACCGAGGCUCUCCUGAAUGUGCCCAGUCCUGGCUCCCCAGGGAGGGCACCGUCUCUUCUGAUGAGGCCACCGACGGGAUUCGGAGAUGAUUCCCUGAGCUCUUGUUCUUCCCCAGACAAGGAGUACCAGCCAAUUGUUGCUGGACUGCAAAGAGAACGAGCCGCCAGUGAGUCAUCAUCCUCUUUGAACUUAAGUGACACUUCUGACCAUGUUUCCGAGGAAGACUUUCAACCCGUUUCCCCUCUACCCUCCGACACCCCUCUGACACCAUUCCCUGAGACCUUUUCAAAUCUGAAUACCACCAACAGCAAUUCCAAUGACACAGCUCAGCUGCGAUUGUUCCAGAGGGGGCAUUCCCUGGAUGACAGUGCCAUACAGGGCAGGAAGGUCAUUAGGGCUAACCUUGCAGCAUUCAAUUUUGACCAAGAUUCCAGUGAUGAGGAGAUCCUUCCCAGUCACGUUUGCUUGAAUCGACAUAAAACGUGCAACUCGGACUCCAAGGCCCCCCUAAAAUCAGACCAGGUGAGUGCAAAACAAAAAUCCUCUCUGACUCCUGAAGUCAUUACCAGGGCAGAAAGAUCCAAGGCAAACAACUCUUCCAAAGAGGCCCAACUUGAUGAGAAGCUGGAAAGCCCCACUUCCCACCCCAUCCACAAGUUGGACAAGUCAGAUUCGUCAGGUAGUGACUCGGUGGCUCCUACAUCUCCGAGGCUGCCACCAGAUGGUCAUGAAUCUCCCGAGCAAAUCUCAAAGUGCCCCAGUGCAGGGAACUCUCCUUCAUCUUCUCCAACAGUAACUGAUAAAACUGGGAGUGACACACUUUUGGAAAAAACACCAACUCCAACAGUCACUGAAGUUGUUCAGAGUACCCAUGCUGUAGAAACUGCCAAGCCAAUAGAGGUUGGGAAGGAGCUGGCUUCAUCUCCUGAGACAUUGGUUUCUCCUCCCGACAAGUCUUUCACCUCCGUAAAUCUUCUUAACGCACAGAAGGAGGACCAGAAUGAAACAACGCCAACAAGCGUUAAGGAAAGAGCCUCCAUUUUUGGCCCGGUGGUCCAUCGCCGGACUCCAGCAGGAUCCCCCAAGUCUCCUGUUGCCCUGUUUGAGAUUGACAGCAAAGAUGUGAAAGACCCAUCAGUCCCCGAACAAAAGACAGGCUCCACAUGUAUGUCAUUGGCGUCAAUGGAACAGGAUUCAGAACCAUCACAGGACAGUGCCAACAGUGGUGGUGGGCAUGUCACUCACAAAGUUAAGGCAGGCAGUGACAGCGAGGAUGGUACUGAUGAUCCGCCACCGCUUCCAGGAAGUCCUCCUCCCCUCCCUAAUAGUCCACCUCCAACAGACCAGGAGUUAGAUGACCUGAGCAGUGAUCUCCAAUCAGAGGAGUCAACCUCAGAAAGUUUUGGUGACAGAGGCCUGCUAAACCCACCCUCACCAGUCCUGAUGAGCAGUGCUCUUUUGCCAUCGUCUGCUCAUCUGUCACCAGGAGUUAUGUCCAAUCUCAGGAGCUCAACUCCAAAAAGAUCAGGAAACCCAUCAAAUGCCUCUGAAGAGGUGAUCACACCAAAUCAGAUUCAGGAAACAGAAGCUAGGCCUUCUCUAGUUCUGUCCCCUGCUGAAACAGAUCCUUCUACAGAAGCAUCGACUUCCACCAUCAGGGAAAAUCUCCCGGUUGCAAAGCCCAGGUCUUCGAAGGUCAAACUUUCAGCUGGUGAUUUUGGUCUCACAAAACAGGAAAAUCAAGAUGAACUGGCAUUGGAGGGUGAUGAAUCUUCCACAAAAGCUGCAAAGAUUAAGCUGUCAGCUGCCAGCCCUGAUUUUGACUUUGAUAGAGAGGAUGUCUCAUCUCCUAUAGAGGAACCAUUACCCUCUGAAAACUCUGCCGACAAAGAAGAAAGUGUCCCCAAGAUGGAGAAAUCCUCACCCGCUUCCUACCUCUCCAAGCCCAUUUCUCUGCAACCCUCUGAGUUGAGUAAAAACCUGGUGGUUCCACCUUUAAGAGCCAGCCAGUCUCCCAAGAAGCCAUCCAUUUUGGACACUGUGGGCCCAAAGCCGGUCGCAGCAUCCAAGCUAAAGGGUCUUUCUGUCCCAAAGAAGCUGUCGGGGUCUUCGACAGCAACCAGCUCAACUCAGGGAGGCCUGCCAAAAAUCGGUUCAUCCCCCAUCAGCCCCAAGUCAAUGCCCAUUCUCUUGUCAACCAAAGCUGGCAGCCAAGGAACGGCGGGGCCGGCAGGUGCCAAGUUAACCAUCAAAAAGUUCCCGUGGGACAAGGAAGUGUCUGGGUCAGAGCCAAAAGCUGACGAGUCUGGGUUAAAUCAGCUGGGGAAUAAAGUCGGCUCCAAUUCAACACUGAAGCCUCUUCCGAGUCAGAAGCCUCCAAGCAUCAGUCCUAAACCCCAGCCUCGGCCCAAGAUGGCAGAAUUUGAUUCAGCAAGCAAGUCAACAUUGAAACAAGGAAUGCUGAGUGUGUCAUCGGCUUUAACAAGUCCAGUGCUAGUUCAAAAUCAGUCCAAGGGAGCUCCUGCUCUUCUGUCAACUGACCCACCCCCCCUACCGGAAUCUUCCCCACCACGGUCCUCCACUCCAAGCUCUGCUCAAAAGAAAUUGGACAAGGAGGCAGAUGAUCCAGCCCCUGCUCUUCCAUCAAUCCCACCUCCACCCUCCGUUGGCAACUCACCCAAGUUGGAUGAAAGCAUCGACAGCCAGGAUGACCCAGAUGAGGGUGUAUUAGAGAUAAAGAUUGUGAGGAAUCCUGGUGAAAAACUGGGCCUCAGCAUCGAGGGUGGGUCGGACACACCCAAGAGCUGUGUCUACAUCCAGGCCAUCGCACCAGGCUCAGCCAGCCACCGCAGCAGCCGGCUGCGAGCAGGGGACCAGCUGCUGGAUGUCAACGGCAACUGCAUGGUGGGCAUCACCCAUGGGCAGGCGAUGAACCUCCUGGAGACAGCCCCCUCUAGUGUCACACUCGUUGUUGCUCGGAAGAAACCCGAAGAGACCUCGUUUGCUUCAGACAACUCAGAUGAGGACAUCGCUGACUUGGCCACAGAACUUGCUCAGGCCGUAACCAUGGAGGGUGCCCACUCUGACGAUGAUCUGGAAUCUGUCAAGCUCAGCCAAGGUCGUGGGAAACUAUACAGCGAUGAGCCCGAUGUCUUUUCCGGAAGCAAGACCUCGACACCAGUCAGCCCAGGGCCCCCUUACAGCCCAUACUCAGAUGGAAGCCUCAGCCCAGGCAAAGCAGUGUUCCCUAAACUGAGCACGGACGGAGAUGAACCGGACUCCACAAAUGUUGUCAUGAGGAAGCAUAUCAGUGCAAGAGCCAAGAGAAAUUUCUCUGCUGAACGGGAUCCUCGAGGUAUCCUGGAGCGUUCCUGGUCAGAGAGCUCUAACUCCACUGUCCUCCUGUCCACCAGCGAGCUGGAGAGGCUGAUCGAAGAUGCCAACGAGUCCCUGGACGACAUGGUAGACAGUGACGUGUCGGUGGUCAUCUUGCACAAGGAGCACGAGACCCAAGGACUGGGGCUGACUGUGUCUGGCGGCAUCGACCAGGAGAAGAAAGAGAUCAUGGUGCAUCGGGUGAUACCCAAUGGGCUGGCUGAUCGUUCAGGGCGUAUCCAGCGUGGGGACCGCGUGCUGUCCGUCAAUGGUCGCGUCCUGAAGGACGCCACCCACUCCGAGCUACUGGAGAUACUGAAGAGCAAACGACAGGACGUGGUGCUGGUAGUGGCACGGAACCAGGCUCUGGAAGAGGAGGAGGAAACUGUAGGCUCAGAGGUGACCGACAUUGAGAUGGCCAAGGGUCCUGCAGGGCUUGGCUUCAGCGUGGAAGGUGGCAAGAGCUCCCCGAAGGGCGACCUGCCCAUCACUGUCAAGAAGAUCUUCACGGGCGGCGUGGCAUACCGCGGCGGCCAACUGCACGUAGGCGACGAGAUCCUGGAGGUCAAUGGCCGCAAGCUGGCCGCUAUGACCCACUUUGACGCCUGGACCUUCCUGAAGUCCCUGCCGGUUGGGAUCGUGAAAAUGAAGAUCAGGCCUGCCGAGAAAGUGGAGUAGCUGAUACAAAACAAGUGACAUCUGUAAACCCUAUUCCAAAUCUUGCUCUGCUUUCAUCUUCAGUGCCAUCUCCUCAAGCUCCACUAUAGAUUCUCUACAUCUACCUUUAAGAAAAGCCAAAUGAAAGUGUUCCUAACCAUGUCAUUGUAGUAGACAGGUUGACGUUUCUGUACAGAAAAGAAAAGAGAUUGGAGUUGCACUGAGCCGGCGUUUCUCAGCUCAAGACUCAGGGCAUUGAAUUCAUGACUCAAUUCCUGCAGCCAAGAUACUGCGUACAAAAACCGAAACCGAUACGAGUCUCAUCUUGACAUGGAUGGGGAAGACAGUCCUAUUUCCAUACACCGAAGUGCGGAUACAGUGAUGGUUAAAGAAUCAAACUGUAUCCAUUCUGAAUACUCCUCGCUCAUUGGAAAAACCUGUUCCUGGAAAUUUUCCAGCACUUUUUUUACAGAAACUUUAGCAGGGUUGCACGCCCCCCCCCCCUCUUCCCCAGAAAGGUGUUUGUAUUCACAUCCUUCCCUUCUGCCUCUGGAAAGUAACGCUUCACUGUGACGCCCAGCAUAAUUGUGGGACUCGUGGUGGAUGGUACUUGAUGCCAAAUUUGUUCUGUUCCGUGACAAAGUUGUCGAAUAUGUUGAGAGCUGUAUUCCGAGUGGUUCCUGCGUGUGACUCAUUGUCUGGACAGAAUGGAAAUCGCUGCACUGAUGUGUUUCAGUUGUUUGCAACUGAGGGGGGGGGAGAGUUUGUCCUUAUUUACAUAUUCCCCUGCCAAACACUGCAGGCCAGACAUGCCAAACUUUUGAAAUUUACCCACUUCCGAUGUAGACAUUGGCCUUGUGAUAGCAUUAAGCCACUUCACCGGCAACAAGGAUAUAGCCCCCUCUGUAGCUAAUGCUUGGAGAUGCUGGUGCUGAAAUUUGGCAUUGUGCCAGGGAAAUGUACAGUGAAUUGCUUGCUUGUUAAGCUUUUGUGUAAUAUUCCAAAUUCUUCACGAUGGACUGUUGGUGUAAGCCCACCUCUUGUUCAAUGACUGGAAAAUUCUUGUUGCUUAAUAUUGAAAAAUAAAGCUUUGGAUGUAAUUCUGUCAUUUUGAGUUCUGUCUUUGGUGACAAAAAUCAAGCAAUAAAUGCUGCCUUUAUUUCUGUUUGAUUUAAAUUUUUAAAAAUAAAUUUACAUGUAUAUAUGCAGUGUAUUCCAAUGUUCAGUGUAUUUUUAUUAUGGAAAUAAAAACCAUCAUUGAAAGUGAUUUACUGACCCACUAAAAAAAAUCCAUUUUUGGGUACUUUGAAGGAAAUUUAUUUUGCUUUAUGAAAGUGGCCUUGGUAUGCAUGUUGGAAGAGGAGUCAAACACGAAGACUUGAGAUACAUAUAAAUCACAAUUUGGGCUUAAGUUUGUGGAUUUCACCUGCAUUUGUAUUUAUGACAAAUGCAAGAAGCAUUUCAUAAUUCCCAUCAUUCAUCAGAGAUCCACUUUUAUUCCUGUGUAUUUUCUGUUGUUUGUUUGAUUAACAGAAGGUUUUAUCUUUUACUGGAGUCACUUUCCUGUGUAUAAAUCUUUUAGUUUAUUUCCAGUUUCUGAAUUCAAAACAUGUUUUUCAUAUAUUUGUUGUAUAUUAUGUAAAUAAAGUUAUUUUUAUGUAAAAAGCCCAAAUGUGCAAUACAAGCUCCAUGUUCCCGAAGCAAAAAGCCCUGCCAAGUAGUUGAAACCGUUACAUUGGGAAACAGUUAAAAAUAUCAGAUAUUUUAGUUACUAAACAAAUAGGGCCUUAUGUAACACUUUUAAAAGCUUGGAGAGUUUGGGUAUUUGCUGCAGGAAAUCUCCAGAUUUGUUGGUGCAGAUCAAAGAAAAAGUAAGUCUUAUUUUUGGAGGAACUUAACAAGAAUAGUGGGGCACACUCUCAUUUAUCUCAUGGGAUGAAACCUUGGAAACUAACAGUUUUUACUGACAUUAUUUGAAAUUGUUUUAACAUUAUUCAUAAGUCUUUGUAGACCAAGUCAAGCACCUCAAGAAUUGCGGUAUUCAGGAAGAGAGCUUUUCAUAGGUAUAAAGUUCAGUAUGUCUUGUGGAUGUUUGUCUUGUAGGAAAUUCUCGGGUGGUGGAACAGCUUUUUUCACCCGUCAUCCCACCUUUUUCUAGGCUGAAAUAACCCUGAAUUGCCUUGUAUGCUACAAAUGCCUUGUAAAAUAUCACAGUUCAAUUGCAUUUGUAGUUUUCAUUGAAGCUGGAGCACUUCAGUUGUUAGGUGUGUGGAAAUCCAAGACCUUGGCAUCGCGUCUUCCAUGUUUGUUCCAGAGUAUAAAAUAUAACUAUAUUAUGCUGUUGUGGGCUAGUAAACUUUUGUAGGUAAAGAGAUAUAUGUAUGUAUUCGUAGCUAUUUUUUCAAUAUUAAAUACUGAAACAUUUGUUUUCUCGGUUAUCCAAAAUA